AUGCAAUCGAAUGACCACUCCAAGUCAUUUCUGAACCUGACCACAUCCACGUUGUUUGGAGUAUUUGGAUCGCAGACCAACCUCUCGGAGCUCAACGGCGAAGACUCGGAAACGGUGGAAUUGGGCCGACUGGACGCCCCCGAGUUUGCCGCCCUCAGAAGAGACGCCCAGGGACCGCCCAAACGACGACGAUCGUCGUUCUCGUACACAAAACGAGCUCCCAGCAAACGGGACUCCAAGCCCAUCAAGAAACCCUCGAAACAGACCGGGUUUUCCUUCGGCAACUCGCCUCUGUUCAAAACGGCCCUACUAUUCGUUCUGGGCUGUGGCUACGGCUGUGUCGUCCACUUUCUCUACGAAAAACAGGUCGGCACACGAAGAGACACCGACAAACUGACCCUCCCCAUGUGGGGUGUGCACUGCGUGCUUCUAGGUCUGGGUCUGCCUCUUCUCGACAAGUACAAGCCGUCUACCAGCGCCCCCGCCAAGGGUCUGCAGCGAAUCCGGGCCAAAAAUGGAGGAUCCAGCCCCAAUAAGAAGUGGGGCUCGUUGGUCAGAACCGUGGGAGCGUUCCUAGGCGUGGCCUACGGCGUCAAAAACCUCAAUUGGCACUCGACCACAGAGGUGGCAGUCAUCUGGGCACUGCUCAACCCGUUCCUGUGGUACCUCCUGGAUACCACCAGCAACGGGUUUGGACUGGCGGCCGUGUCGUCGCUGAUUGGAGCCGCCGUUAUGUCUGCCAUUGGGGUCAUUCCCGUGGGCCUCGGUGAGUGGGCUGGACUCGUCUGGCUCGCCAGUAACUUAUUCUGUGGCGCCAUUUGCUUUGGCAACCUCGGCCGAAUCAUCGACAGAAAGUAG